GAAACAAGCAGUAAACAACGCGAGCGGCGACACGAGCUUGAGCUGGACGUGUCCCAGCUGAAUAGCUCCGAAAUAACGGGUCCCAGUUGGGAGCAGCACCAUGAUUGUUGAUCUACCCCAACUUACCCCGCUUACUCGCUAGUACUGACAUCUCAAGUUGCCGAAGCCACCGCAUGCAUCGUUGACCACUCUAGACAUUGGGAGUCCGUGGACCGAGGAAGGCGCUGAGCUAUGUGAGGGCCAUUUUGCGGCUACUAUAGUAGAUAGUAUAUCUAUCCAAAUGUACCAGUUGACGACAAUGGCUGGUCGUGAUAUCAUCGACUAUCCCAAGCACGUCUGUCUUUGUCUGUCGGACCUUGUCUAGUGUACUUGUGCCAAUCUCGUUCAUCUAAUAAAGAGCUUCAAAAGUACCAUGACGACCGUUGUAGAAAAAACACCCACCGGCACUAUAUACCGCGCUGCAAAAGACUACCCAAUACCCGACCUCGACGUCUUGACCCUUCUUUUCGACUCGGAACACAGCUAUGCCAAAGCAAACACACUACUACACGUCUCGGCCGCCAAUCCAGACCUGGACGUGCUAGACAAGUCACGCGCUCGCACUCUCACACAAGCGACUUCAGCCGCGCUGCGCAAACACUUUGGCGUCGGCGCCCACGGCGCGGGCAAAGAUGUAGUCUCUGUGAUUUCCACGGGACAUUACUUGUUGCCUGUGCUGGCGUACGGCGUCAUUGGUGCCGGGGGCAUCUUCUCUGCCGCAUCGGCUGGUAGCACCGUGGGUGAGCUGGCCAGACAGAUACAAGGUGCCGGAAGCAAGAUACUAGUCACAUGCCAAGCUACACUGGAGACGUCCAUCAGAGCUGCCGAGGAGGCUGGAUGGGGGAAAUGCGGUGGGGGAAGGGUACUGCUUAUGAGUGAGGAGGGAGAAUGGGGUUUGAGAAUCAUAGGGACUGGUGAUGAUGAUGGAAAGGCACAAGAGACUGAGAAUUUGAUCGACCGGGAAGACAGGUUGCCGUGGAUGAGGAUCGUGGACAGGAAAGAGUUGGAAGAGAGUCUGGUGGUGCUGAUUUAUAGCUCGGGGACGACGGGGUUGCCAAAGGGUGUCAAGUUGAGUCAUAGGAAUCUGGUGAGCCAGGCUGUUACUACGGGGGAUAUGAUGAAGAGCUGGAUAAAGGAGAAGAGACCGGGUUUCGAGUAUAGGACCAUCGCUCACUUGCCAACCGCUCACAUUGCAGGUGUCCAAGGCUACCUAAUCAACCCCUUCUACAUUGGCGGAACCGUCUACUGGAUGCCCAAAUUCGACUUUUCCCAAUUCCUCGCCUACAACGCACAGUACCGCAUAACCUUCUUCUUCACCGUGCCGCCCAUCUACCUACUCAUCGCCAAGAGCCCCCUCGCAACAACACAAUUCGCGACACUCGAGCUAGCCAUCAGCGGCGCCGCCCCACUAGGAAAAGACCUCCAGUACGCCGCGAGCCAGAAACUCGGCAGUGGGCCCGACUGCUUCAUCGACCAAACGUGGGGUCUGUCUGAGACGACGGGUUCCACGACGAUUAUGCCCCCGGGCACGCACGAUGAUACGGGUUCCGUGGCGCCCUUGAUACCUAAUAUGCGCGCGAGACUUGUCGACGACAGUGGGCGCGACGUUGAACCCGGAACACCCGGAGAGGUGCUCGUCAAAGGCCCUGUAGUAUGUAAAGGCUACUACCAAAACGCCGACGCGGAUAAAGACGCGUUUACAUCUGAUGGCUGGUUCUGCACCGGCGACAUUGCCGUGUUUAGGAAUGGUCUGUUUUACGUCGUGGACCGGAAAAAGGAACUCAUCAAGUAUAAGGGAUUGCAGGUAAGUUGUUGGGAAGAAGUUUCGGACGUUGCAGAACUUGCACUUGCUGCUGCUACUUAUUGAAUUAGACUAAAAAGCUGACUUUGUAUACUAAUGUUGUUAGGUCGCGCCUGCGGAGUUGGAGGCUUUGUUACUUGGUCAUCCUGACAUAUUGGAUGCGGCGGUCAUUGGGGUGCCGACGGAUGAUGGCACAAACGAGGUACCCAGGGCUUACGUUGUCGUUGGGGAUAGAGGGAAGACUGGGGCAGACGAGAUUGUACAAUUCGUCAAGGAGAAUGUGGCGGGGUAUAAGCAGUUAAGAGGGGGUGUCAUAUUUCUAGAUGACAUUCCAAAAAGUCCGGCGGGAAAAAUCCUUAGAAAAGACUUGAGGGCUCGCGCCGAGAGGGAGAGGGGCGCGAAGUUGUAAAGA